AUGAAGGCACUGAACAGGACGGGCCCCAGCACCGACCCCUGGGGAACAGCACACCUGGAUGUAACUCCAUUCACCACCACUCUCUGGGCCCAGCAGCGCAGCCAGUUCAUUGCCCAGCAAAGAGCACAGAUCUCCAGCCCACGGGCUGCAGUUAGUCCAGGAGAACACGGCUGGUGUUUGCUCCCCUGAUACCGCUCUUCAGUGCCCAUCUCAGCCCAUUCCAUUCCUGACUCUAAACCCCCUGCUCUAACAGCCCAAACUGUAGCAAACUCGGUCGCUUUUUGCUGACAUCCUUUAGAGCAGAAGCUGCGCUCGGCACGGCACCGCGGAGCAGCGCAGCAUCCCUCCGGGCCCGGGCAUCGCGGGAGGCGCUGCGGAGCCGUCCGCUCCGGGCCCCGGAUGGAGCCGCCCCGCCAUGGCACCGCCCGUAGCGCGCCUGGCUCGGCUGUCCCGCACCGCCAGCUUCAGCGCCUGCCACCGCCUGCACAGAUUGACCCCGUCUCAGGAAUGGUUAUAAACCUGGCAGACCUGAAAGAGUACAUGCAGCAGGCGAUCAUGGAGCCACUCGACCACAAGAACCUGGAUAAGGAUGUGCCCUACUUCGCUGAAGUGGUGAGCACCACAGAGAAUGUUGCAGUGUUCAUCUGGGAAAACCUCAAGAGGCUUCUGCCUGCGGGAAUGCUUUAUAAAGUCAAAGUGUAUGAAACGGACCAGAACAUUGUGGUCUAUAAAGGAGAAGAAACGAUUUCUGAGAGGUGAAAUGAGCCGAAGCUCAACUGGUUGGAAACUGACACCUGCUCACGUCAGUGACAGCAUCAGCCCUGCUCACUGUGUCCUGAAAUGAAGCCUUCGUUAUGUAUGGCAAAAUAACCAACCAAGGUAAUUCUUCUGCCAGAGAUCUCGCAGCAGUUUGGGUUAUCACAAUUCAUUGAUACAUCUGCCUUUUUCCAAGACAUUCUGGUUUCAUAAAACCAGAUUGCUGAGCUGAUGUGCAAUCUGCAGUGUACUAUGCUAAAUAAAGCAGCUUUCCAGAGAGGAGGUGGCUUGGCAGUGUGUAUGUCUUAGAAUCAUAGAACAGCUUGGGUUGGAGGGACCUCAGAAAUCAUCUAGUUACAACCCCUGGCCAUGGGCAGGGUUGCUGACUACCAGCUCAGGCUGCCC